AUGAGCCUGCAGACAGGCGCGUCGCUCAUUACCCUAUCUCUCCUGCUGAAUAAAGUCAGCGGACUUUAUGGCCUCCUCGCGAUCCUCACGGGCUUCGGCCUCUCGCCUUUCCAGCUGUCGAUGUACAUAUACUCCAUCCUCGCCCUAGCUUUAACUGCAUUUCUCGCGCCGCAUAUUCGAAAACAAACCCCGUUCUAUUGCCUGGCCCUGGCGUGGUUUUAUCUACUGGAUAGUGUGAUCAAUGCCGCCUAUACCGCUGCGUUUGCAGUGACAUGGUUCCUGGUUAUCUCUCAGCACCACCACUCUGCGCCCACAUCUGGCCCCGGCAGUUCGACGAUGGACGAUACCGCUGGUUUCACUAACCCGAAAUACAACGUCUCGUCUGUUCACGUUGCUCCUGCAAAUGGUAGUGUCGCUUCUGCUGAACCGGCUUCUUCACCGGCCGGUGCUACUGAUGCACUUGGCGGCAAGCCAAGUCUAGGGAACGGCGUCCUUCAGCCGGAGAGCUUUCAGAGCAUUGCGGUGAUAUCUACCCUGUGGACGAUUCGCGUCUAUUUCGUAUUAGUGAUGAUGGCCUUUGCAAGGCAAUGCCUACGACAAUACGCUUUCAGCCCUCGGUCCCCACUUUCUCGCCACGGCUCCGUCGCCCAUAGCCGUAACCCAUCCACCGUGAGCAACAUCGAGCUCGAACCAAAUCCAUUCGCUGCUCGAUCGGCAGAGGGCCAGGGAUGGAAGGGAAAAUUGGGCCGCGCGAUGAUUUCAGUUGGCCGAAGCUACUGGCUUGACGGAGAAGAUGACGACGGGUGGAUGGUUGGAUUAAAUAGAAAGUUCCAUCGCAGCCGUGGAUUCUUCAACUCCACAGAUGGCGGUCUAAGCGAACGCGAGCGGCGACGUCGAUCAGGAACUGGUCCACCAGUGCCUUCUCAAGCUGUUCUCCAGCAAAUCGCCUUACAGCAAGGCCCAGCAGCCCAGGACGCCAACAAGCUGCCUCAACCUAACUUGGGCAAUACCCAGCUGCCCAAAGCACCAAACACUCCAAGCGGAAAUCCUUUUUAG